CAGAAGUGCUUUUAGCUUUCUUCAGAACUGCUCGACAUAUGAAGGAUGCUGGAUUAGGAAAGAAGAGCGGCAUUGAGGCGCCUCAAGCAGAGCUGAAACCGGGACAAAGACAUGGGAACUGAAGCAGUGGUCCAUCUGCUGGCCACAAGUUAAACAACAUGGUAGACACGGUGAGAGAGCAAAGUAUAAAGAGGAGGCCACGUUCGCUCAAAGACUCGACUUUUUCACAACAAACAGAUCAGCUCGAAGCAUCUUACCUCCAGCUUUAAUUUAAGAACCUACCGCUUAUCACUUAUUCCAUCUUCAAACCAUCAACAUGUCUUCCUGCACCUGCCACGGAUCCUUCCCCACCCCGGCCCAGCCGCCCAAGUACACCGACAUGCAGGCCAUCGCUGCCGUCGUCAACCCCGACACUGUCGACCGUGGAGACAGCGUUGACCAGCAGGUCAUCCUGUUCCAGUCCCUUCCCAACGGCACCCUGGGCUUUGACCAGGUCCAGUUCAACGGCGACCAUGGUGAUCUCAGCAAGCAGAAUGAGGAUGGUGUCAUUGGCUACUAUGUCAACCCCUCCAAGAUGGUUCCUACUCUCAAGUUCGGUUCCAGCUUGGCCACCGUGGUCUUGGAUGACGUUGUGCGCACUUAUGGCGUUUUCGAGGGAGACAGCUCCGUUUGGCUGCUCAGCCCUAUCGUGAUGCCCCUUGCCAACGCCACCAUCCCCUACAAGUCUAUCGCUGCGGCCGGUGAUGGCAACAAGGCGGGAAGGCUCUUCUGGCAGGAGAAGCGAAGUGGUCCCGAUGGCACCUACUUCCAGCUCAAGGCUCGGGAUCUCCAGUCCAGAGAUGACGGUGCCGUCUGGGUCGAGGGCACCAAGGACUCCAAGGAGGGUACCCACCUUGCUGCCUUCUACGACGGCGAGGACUUUUGGGUUGUCUACCAGAACACUGCCGAGGAUGACAACUCUGGCGAGGACCGCGACUUUAUCAAGGCUGUUGCCCUCACCGGAACCACCCAGGGCAACAUCAUCCCCGGUAGCAGCGACAAGAUCAACGGCCGCAUCGCACGUAUCGCCGCCUGCCGCGCCGACAACAGCGACCGCGUCUGCGUCUACUUCACCGACCAGUACAACAAGCUCCACCGCAGCUGGGCCAAGUGCAACCAGGACAGCACCGUCACCUUCCAAAAGGACGUCAAGGACGUCAAGGGCUUGAUCAUCAACAAGAAGUCUGGCCUGUCUGCUUUGGCUUCUCCCCUUGACAAGAGGAACGUCAUCUACGCUGUCACUGGCACCAACAACAAGAUCAGCUUUAACUCGGAUAAGUGGGAGUGAGAUAACUUGACUGGCGAGUUGGGGGUGAAUUUGGACUCGCUGUCUGGUGUUCCGUCUGUGCUUGCUGCAACUCAGAUACAGAUUGAUAUUUCCAUUACGAUUGGGGAUAGGCGGGCUCAGUUUUCGAUCAAGACGGAGAUGUGAGGUACAAGGGGAGAAUCGGUCAUUUUGUAUGCAAGAUUUAGUUAGCAAAUGGGAGUAGUUUGGAAUAAUUUCUUCCUAUAGGCUUUGCAUU